CGGCAGUGUGCGGAGAGAGAGAGAGCGCGAGCGAGCGAGCGAUAGGGGAGAGCCACCGCCAGCGCGGUCACCGCUACUGCUUUAUUCCCCUUUAUUACAGCGAUAAAACCGCAGAAAGAGCCCGCGAGUCACCUCCACACCUGGGCUGAGCGUUCGGUGCAGCGUGCUGGCUCGCUGAGGGCUGAGGCUGACCGCGGAGAGGAGGAGAAAACAGGCGAAAAAUAAACAGCAACAGCGUUAGAGCCGCGGAGAGAGAGCGAGAGACAGAUAGGAGAGAGACAUGGCUACAACAACCUGCACUCGCUUUACGGACGAAUACCAGCUCUACGAGGAGCUCGGCAAGGGAGCGUUUUCAGUGGUGCGGCGAUGUGUGAAGCUGUGCACAGGCCAAGAAUACGCUGCCAAAAUCAUCAACACCAAAAAGCUAUCGGCAAGAGAUCACCAGAAGCUGGAGAGAGAGGCUCGAAUCUGUCGACUGCUGAAGCACCCAAAUAUUGUUCGACUCCAUGACAGCAUAUCAGAGGAAGGCUUCCACUACCUCUUGUUUGACUUGGUGACGGGAGGAGAGUUGUUUGAAGACAUCGUUGCCAGAGAGUACUACAGUGAGGCCGACGCCAGUCACUGUAUCCAUCAGAUUCUAGACAGUGUCAAUCACAUUCACCAACAUGACAUAGUGCACAGGGACCUGAAGCCAGAGAACCUGCUCCUGGCCAGCAAGUGUAAGAAUGCAGCAGUGAAGCUGGCUGAUUUCGGAUUGGCCAUCGAGGUGCAGGGAGAUCAGCAGGCGUGGUUUGGUUUUGCGGGGACACCAGGGUAUCUGUCUCCUGAGGUGUUGAGGAAGGAGGCUUAUGGGAAACCUGUGGAUAUCUGGGCCUGUGGUGUGAUUCUCUACAUUCUUCUGGUUGGUUAUCCUCCUUUCUGGGAUGAAGACCAACACAAACUCUACCAGCAAAUUAAAGCUGGAGCUUACGACUUUCCAUCUCCAGAGUGGGACACGGUCACCCCUGAAGCCAAAAACCUCAUCAACCAGAUGCUGACCAUCAACCCAGCCAAGAGAAUCACUGCACAAGAGGCCCUCAAACACCCAUGGGUCUGCCAACGCUCUACAGUGGCCUCCAUGAUGCACAGACAAGAGACCGUGGAGUGCCUGAAGAAGUUCAACGCCAGGAGGAAACUGAAGGGGGCUAUCCUGACUACCAUGCUAGUGUCGCGGAACUUUUCUGUGGGUAGCAGGCAGACCACGGCUCCGGCCUCGGUCACUGCCGCCGCCGCUGCUGUUGCCGCAGCAGCAGGCACCACAGCAGGGCUGGUGGAACAAGCAGCCAAGAGUUUGCUGAACAAGAAGGCCGACGUGAAGAAGAGGAAGUCGAGCUCCACGGUUCAGUACAUGCCCCAACAGACCAACAGCACCAAAAACAGCAUAGUCACCAGCCCCAAAGGAAACCUCCCCUCUCCUGCACUGGAAGCUCAGAGCACUGUUAUUCAUAAUCCAUUGGAUGGGAUUAAGGAAUCGUCUGACAGCAGUAAUGCCACAGUGGAGGAUGAAGAUAUGAAAGGAAAGAGUGUAGAUCACAGCUCAGGUCUCGCCCAAUCAAACCCCAGCUCCCAUCCUGACCACGCCCACGCAGCUCAGAGCCCCGCCCCUGCUGUAUUCACUGCCACCAAGUUCACAGACCUGCUGGGAGUAGUGCGUAGGGGCUCUGGCCCUGCAGCUGAUGGUGAGGGGAGCACCAGCAGCCCCCCAGCUGCUCCCCCUGCUCCUACUGCCCCUCCCACCCCUCAAAUCCCAAACACUCCCAUGCAGAUGUCGCGUCUCACAGACCUGGUGAGCAGCGUGCGCCGGAACCCGGGCCCCCAGGCCCCUGAAGCUGAACCGGCUCCAUCAGCCGCACCCAGCCGACCCCUUACUAUCCCUGCCCAACCCUCUCCCCCUCCCCCUCAGCCCUCCUCCAGCCCCCAACCUCCCUUACACUCACGCAAACAGGAGAUUAUCAAGAUCACCGAACAGCUGAUCGAGGCCAUCAACAAUGGAGACUUUGAGGCUUAUGCUAAAAUCUGUGACCCUGGUUUGACCUCGUUUGAGCCGGAGGCUUUGGGGAACUUGGUGGAGGGCAUGGACUUCCACAGAUUCUAUUUUGAGAACUUGUUGUCCAAGAACAGCAAGCCCAUCCACACCACCAUCCUGAACCCUCACGUGCAUCUGAUUGGUGAAGACGCCGCCUGCAUAGCCUACAUCCGCCUCACGCAGUACGUGGAUGGCCAGGGCCGGCCACGCAGCAGCCAAUCGGAGGAGACGAGGGUUUGGCAUCGCCGGGACUCCAAGUGGCAGAACGUCCAUUUCCACUGCUCUGGGGCUCCCGCUGCUCCACUCCAAUGAAGGGACAGCUCAUUGUAGCCACAACUGAGAAGAGUGCCCAGCCAGAGAGGAAGAGGAAGAGAGGAAUGGAUGGAGGAAGGAGAGGAAGUCCAGUGUCACGUGGCUUUGAGUCUGCAGUGCCUGACCCUCCCACACUGGGCUCCACCCCUCACCCGUCAAUCACGUCUCUGUGCAGUGUCCACCCCGCCCACUCCCUUGUUGCCCCUCCCCCCACCUGUGUUGACACACCCACCCUGCUGUGAGUGAAUGCUGAGUGGAGUCCGGUGGUCCUGACUGGAUGAUGAUGAUGAUGAUGAUGAUGAAGAUGAUGAUGAAGGCCAGGCCCAUGUUUGUGUUCGUUGUGUCGGUGGCACGCCAUGCUUUCUCUCUCUCUCACCGUCCCAGUGUUAACGAGCGUGUGCUUCUUCACGCGUACUACAUACAAGCGUGUACAUUUUUAAUAUGAUUAAUAUUAUUAUUAUUAUGAAAAUGAUUAUGAUUAAUAUUGUUAUUAAUGUUGUUUAUUAAUAUUAUUAUUACUAUGAUUAUUAUUAUUAUCACCACAAUUAUUAUGGCGUGUCCUUUGUACAAUUCUACAAGUAUGGAAGCCGGUGGUGGUGGUGGUGAUUUUUGAUUAUUGAUUAUUUUUCUGAUUUAAGUCUUUUCUUUUUUUUUCUUCUCAAUCCCAAUCGCAUGACACUCUCAUUGUAUUGACAGUGGCUGUUUCUAUCCUAAAGAAGUUGAAGCACAGUGUUUUUGUAUAGGCUUCUUCUAUGUAUGUGUGUAUGCUCAACACAUAUACUGUAUGUCGGUCCAGAUUUUAGUGUGUAUGAGUGUAUAUGAGUGUGUUUGAGAGUGUGUGUGUGUGUGGAGGGCAGAGCUAAACAGAGUUAAGAGUCGUUUUGAUCACAGCGAUUAUAUAUGUAUACAGCUCUGGAAAAAAAUAGGAAAGCACUUCAGUUUCUGAAUCAGUUUCUCUGAUUUUGCUGUUUAUAGGUUUAUGUUUGAGUAAAAUAAACAUUGUUGUUUUAUUCUAUAAACUACAGACAACGUUUUUCCCAAAUUCCAAAUAAAAAUAUUAUAAUUUAGAGCAUUUAUUUGCAGAAAAUGAGAAAUGGCUGAAAUAACAAAAAAGAUGUAGAGCUUUCAGACCUCAAAUAAUGCAAAGAAAACAAGUUCAUAUUCAUAUUAAAUUUUAAAAGUUCAGAAAUCAAUAUUUGGUGGAAUAACCCUGGUUUUAAUCACAGUUUUCAUGCAUCUUAGCAUGUUCUCCUCCACCAGUCUUACACACUGCUUUUGGAUAGCUUUAUGCCUUUACUCCUGGUGCAAAAAUUCAAGCAGUUCAGUUUGGUUUGAUGGCUUGUGAUCAUCCAUCUUCCUCUUAAUCAUAUUCCAGAGGUUUUCUUCAUUUUUUUCCAGAGCUGUAUAUGAGCAACAAUAUUUGGGGUCUUCCAGUCUUCAGUUGUGCUCUUUUCUUCUCGUUUAACAUCUUUUCUGAUUGGACGUUCUGCUUAUUUGUAACAUUGGACAAUUGCAGGAUAUCCUACAAAUCUUAUCUAAUCUAAUCAAAGCUUAAUCGCUAAUGAAAUAACGUACAUACGUAUCUGUGGACACACAUGGUUGCUCAUUUGGGUCUGAUCUGAUAUCAGUAUCACAUACAGAUACACAGCCCGUAUUGAUCUUUGUGUGAGGUCAGUUUUUUUUCUCAUACACUCCUGUAGUUUUACAGCCCAGCACAAAAUAUAAGCCAUAAUAAUCCUGCUAAAAGGUGCUACAUUAUAUGCUAGCCUGCUAACGGCUCCAGAUAGCAGCACCUGCAGUGGGUUUUCUCUUCAUAUGUAACCUUUUGAAGGGUGCUGGUGUAUUUAAUUUCACAUUUUUGUUUUUGUUAUUCUUAUUCUUAUUAUUGUUGUUUUAUUAAUACUGUUGUUUUUAAGGUGAGGACGCACAGAAUGUUUAAAGAAGGACGUUAGCUAAAGCUAAUGCUAACGCUAAUGCUAAAGCUACGUAAAGCUUUCCACAAAUCCUAUACAGGGCUUCAGAAACUUCAUCAGGGCUUGAUGUGUAGUAGCCCGUAACUGCCUCUGAGGCGCCACCAAGUAUAUAGAGCUAUAGUUAUAUAUGAGUUUGUGACUGAGGAGAUUUGGACAAGAAGUAUUUAGAGAAAAUCUUCGUUUUUUGUUGUUUUUCUUAUUAUUAUUGUUUCUCUCGUGUUUUAAUAUGGUUUAUUAUAGGAUAAGAAUGAUAAUAUAAGAUGUUUGAUAUCACAUUUUUCUCAUUAUUCUCGUUGAUUGUGUUUCUAACAUGUUACGUUUUCCUCAGUUACUUCAUUUUCCUCGGUUUCCUCAGUUUCGAGGCCUUCGGACAGAAUUAGAUUGAGGUUGAGAGGUUGAUUGAUGAUGAAUUCUUGUUUGUAGCUUGAAGGCGUUCUGUGGUUAGGCUGUGCAUGGUGCACGCACAGUUACGAAAACUUUACGAAGACGUUUUUUAAAGAGUCAAGCCUAAAGAAGGUUGGUGAUGAGCUUUUAUGAGGUUUAUUUUCCUAGAACGUGAGAACUUUUGGUUUAAAAAACAAAACAAAAAAAGGUUCAGGGAUACUUUUUCGAAGUGUACUUACGUAGAUGUAAGAAGCGUAACGUAAUCUCGAAACAUAUCGCCCCUCAAAACAAACAUCGUCUUUUUUUUCGGUAAUGCUGUUCGGUGGCGAGGGACUCAAAAAAGCGAGAGAAGCCGAAAGUGAGAGAUUUUUUGACCUCAGCUUGUCAGCUCGUAUUUAAUUCAUUGAUUAUUUAUUUAUUUAUUGAACUGUUUGAUCUCUGAGCUCUUUUUUUUUUUUCUUCUAACUUCAGGUCUGCUUUUUGUUGUACAGCUUUUUUUUCCUCUUUUUUUCAUUUUUGUUGUAAUUUUUCAAGCUUUUUUCCUCUUUACACGAUCUUUCUUCGCUUAUUUUACUCUUUGAAGGGAAGGAGGCACAUCUGUAGUGUAGGAAUCGGGCUUUUAGCGAAUAUUACUUUAUUAGCAUAAUUAUUUUGGCCUCACUACGUACAUAAUACUUACCUACAAAUCUCCCACUAAGAGCGCAAGAAUAAAAGAAUCGUAUGUAACACUUCACAGUAAGGGUCCUGAAUAACAGUAAGGAUGACAGUAAAAAAAUGGUAAAAGUAAUGUCUCAACUAAUUAUUAAUUAAUAUAUACUUAUAUUAUAUAUUAAUUAUAAACCUAUGCCUUCUCCGACACAUGUGAAGUCAGACUCUGCCUCUUUUCGAACUGCUGCUGAUGCAGAAUUGCUGAGUAACAUCACAGCGCACAUUCAGAGAAAAGUGCAGCGACUCAGUUCUGAUACAUCAGCUCACAGACGCAGCCUUGUGCUGAUUAACAUCACCCUUUGGAGUGAUGAAGUGAAAGAACGCCAUCUACUGUACCCAGCCAGAGAAAGAGCAAGGCUUUCUCAAUUGUGCUCUCUCAGGGCUCCGGCAGCUGAUGGCAAGCUGCAUAACAGGGAUUCGAAUAGUUAUCAGUCAAUAUCAGUUGUAAGUACUGUUUAUCAAUGUGCCCUUAUUGUGAAGUGCUACUGAAUCAUAUUAGAAGUGUGCAAAAUCAAAAAAGAUCAUCUGGAGCGACCCCAACAAGGCGAAAAAACGAAAUAACAUAAAAUAAACAAACACAUGGGUAUCUGUUUCUGCUCUAGUAUAUUAUUGUGCUACUUUUUGUACUGACUGGGAGUUGUUUAAGAGUUUAAGAUCCUCUGUUGUGAAUUCCAUCCCGUCCCUUCAAGUCCCGCCUCGAAAUGUCCCGCGCCUUGUCUCUCACGUCUCUCGUCUUGACCGAAAGUGAUUUGAGACUAUGAUUAGAUUGAUUUCCCUCCGUUUUUAAAUGUGCCCGCCACUCCGCUCCCUGAAAACAAGCGAAAAACUACAAAAAACAAACAAAAAAACUGAAAAAAAAAAACAAACAGCAUGUAAACAUGUACUAAUGUUCUUCUUUGUGUGUUUAGCAUUGAAAAUAAUCAUGUAAAAAAAUAAAUAAAGUGAGGAUGCACAUUAUUACUCUUAAAACAGGACACACACUAUUAAAGCGGCAGUUUACUAGCAGUUUAGCUGGAAUUUGCAUUUUUGCAUGACGAGUCACUCAAACACAGACAUUAAAAAUGACGUUUGGUGUUGAAUUUUCAGGGUUUUUUUUUUCUUUUUCGGGUUGGUCCUUUUCAUUUUCUAUUGAAUGCUGGUUAACUUAAACCUUUCUCUUCUCUAUUUCUCUAUUUUCCAAGCUUUGUAAGUGCAUAAACUAUUUUUGUCUCAAGAUGAUGAUUAUUAUUGAAGAUGAGGAUUAUAUAUAUAAAUGAAAGCUAUAAUGAUGAGUGAGGUUAUGAAAAUGUUAUGAUUUAAAAAAAAAAAAAAAGUGAUCUUUCAAUGGCAUGCUUUUGUAUUCAGGCUCGAGUUGUUGUCAAUGCAGGGAGGAGCUUAGGAAGACUUAAGGAAGGGAAAAGAAGGAGGAGAAGGAAGGGGAUCGCAGCUGCUGUAGAGGGUACAGUAGCGUGAGUAGAGUGCACAGACACCUGUAGACAGUGGAGGUAAGUCAGUAUAUGAGCAAAUACAGAAAUAUUUAUAUAUAUACAUGUAUAUUGUGGUUGUGCAUUCAUUUACUAGUGCUGCAUUUUGGUAUUUCUAUUCUUGUGGGCACUCUGGAUAUGACCACGUUUGAUAUGAUAGGUCUGGGCACAUGCUCACACCACCAGACAAUAGAUAAUACAAUAAACAGCUCAACACAUGCACUCAAAUCUUCAGGACAGACAUGAAUUACAGCAAGUAGUACUAUAACCUGCACUGACAACACAGAGCUCUCUCUCUACUUUGUUUUUUAGUACCGUAUCGUUUUCACUCUAUCCCCCCUCUUCUCACCCCCCGAUGUUCUUCCGUUUCACCUCACUGGGUAGUUUUUCUCUGGAGUUGAAGUCUUCACGGUAGCCCCUCUCGUCAGUUUUUGGGUUUUCUGUAUAAGAUAUUAUUCUCUUUUAUUUCUCUUGAUUAUUAUUCUUCUUAUUCUUCUCGUUGCUCUGUUCUCGAACCUGCUCUAUGUGUUACCUGACUUAAGGAAAUGUGUUCAAGUGUUCUAAAUAAAAAUGAAGAUUUAAAUACGAAA